UCACGGUUGGAUGCUGAAGGGAAUCUUCAGAGGAAUUUCUCUUUUUGUCCUGUGAUUUAUUUAUGUAUUUAUUUUAAGCCCGAAACUUUGAGGGAAAUUUUAGAGUUUUGUCGUUUUUGAGGAGUUUAAGGAAAUACCUGUGGACUACCGAGGGAGCAGCUUGUUAGGCCAACACAGUGCCGUGUACUUUGCCAUGAGACACAACCUGCACUGAAGGUCCGUUCUCUCCAUGCAGCGCUUUCCUCAUUACAUUGCACCAAUGGACCCCCAGGUGUGCCCGCCCCCCCUUAGCAGCAGCCAAUCGGUGAUCAGUGGCCUUGACAAAUCCCCAGCCAGUGGAUUCAGACCUGGCCAUUCACGAAGCAACAGCACUGGCUCCUCCAAACAUUCAAAACAGUCUCGUCACUGGGAGGUGAUGGACGACUUGCAGAAUCUGGAUAUGAUUUCAGUACCUGGCUCGUCUCUGGACCUCAGUAUUCCUGGGAUCUGUGAGGGCUACUUGAUGAAGAGGAGGAAGUAUCCGCUCAAAGGCUGGCACAAGAGAUACUUCCUGCUGGAGAAAGGAAUUCUCAAGUACUCAAAGAUGCAGCAAGAUAUUCAGAGAGGGAAACUUCAUGGCUCUCUGGACGUCAGCCUAGCCGUCAUGUCCAUCAACAAGAAAGCCAAACGCAUAGACCUGGAUGCUGGAGACAAUCUCUACCAUCUCAAGGCAAAGAGCCAUGACAUCUUCUACAUCUGGCUGACCAAGCUGUGUGCCCAUCGCGUGUUCAGGAAAAAUGAGGCGAUGAGUGUUCAUCAUGGCGUCCUCCACGCUCUCUCUAUGGGCCCGAGCGCCUUGCCAGCAAUGGCCUCUCUUGCCCAGAAAAACAGAGCAGCGCUUCCUCAUUAUGCCAGCUCGGCAUCAGUGUUCCAACAAGAGAUGGGAAGCCCUGCUCCCGCUGUCGCCUCUCACCCAGGGGUGACCAACAAGGUGUCAGCCUGGCUGCAACAGACCAGCGACAUCGAUGCAACCUCCAACGACCUGGCACGCUGUCAGUUAGAGCUCACAGAACUGGCUCAGCUCAUCCAGCGACUCCAUUGGCUUGAAGGAGGUCUGCCAAUCACAAGCACUGACCUGGAGAUGCGGAUCAGCAUGCAGAAUCUCUCCCUGGAGAAACCCAAGAAGAAGGCGGGAAAAGGGAUUGGUCAUUCCAGGACUUUGUCCCGCGUUGAAGCCAUGGGGGGAUUUUUCACUUCCAGCCACCUGAGCACUAACAGCAGCGCUGGCUUGGGGCAGUCCCUUCAGUCCAUCCCUGACUAUGUCUACUCUCAGCUAUCCAGCCCACAAGUCACCUCACCUGAGGCCAAGAAGCUUCACCAAGACAUCUGCACGGCUUCUCAGAGAGUUCAUGCUUCUCUCAAGUCCAUUCAUGACGUUUUGACCUUGGAGAGAGAGAGAGUGAGGCAGGCCUGGACCGGCCCGGAGCUGAGGCAUAACACCUCACAACAGCUCGCUACGCUGUGCAGCACACUGUCUGAGCUUGACAUACAGUCACGUCUGACCAAAGUCCACUCGCUUUCCCUGUCCUCUGACUCUUCUGAGGAAUCCUUCUGCACCGUCCGUCCUGACCAGAGGACUCCAUCUAUGGGUCGUCAUAGUCACCGUGCACCCUCGGUGGCAGACUCCAUGGCAGAGUAUUUCGACGCCAGCGAGGUGAUUGUGUGUGAAAGUUCUUCAGAGGCAGAGGCUUCAGAUGAGUCGGGCCUGAGUGACAUCACCACCACCAGCACCUCUGAGCCUGAGGAGGGACACGCCGCUGCCACUCUUAACUACCGGGCCAGUGUGAACAGCACUGCAGACCAUCCCAGCCCAGUGCCCACUAAUACUGGCCGUCGCACUGCCCUCCCAGCCCCGGGAACAGACAACAGCCACAUUGGCAUCAUGACCAUCCUGUACAACAACAUCGGCAAGGACCUGUCCAGAGUCUCCAUGCCGGUCGCUCUUAAUGAGCCAGUGUCUUUGCUGCAGCGACUCAGUGAAGAGUUGGAGUACACUGACCUGCUGGACAUCGCCAACCACAUUGAUGAUCCGUAUGAGAGAAUGGUUUAUGUGGCAGCGUUCUCUAUUUCUGGAUAUGCCUGGGCGUCGUGGAGGUAUAGAUACAAACCCUUCAACCCUGUCCUUGGAGAAACCUAUGAGAGUCACAGAGAAGACAGAGGCUUCCACUACGUCAGCGAGCAGGUUAGCCAUCACCCUCCCAUUUCCGCCUGCCACGCAGAGUCCGAAAACUUCACUUUCUGGCAAGAUCAGAGAUGGAAAAACAAGUUUUGGGGGAAGUCUGUGGAGGUACUCUCUUCUGGGCUCGUCAACGUCAGCCUGCCCAAGUACGGUGAUCACUACGAAUGGAACAAGGCGGUGACGUGUAUCCACAACGUGCUAAGUCAGCAGCGAUGGUUGGAGCACUAUGGUGAGGUGAUCAUCAAAAACACAAAGAGCGAUGUCUGCACCUGCAAGAUCACCUUUGUCAAGUCUCGCUACUGGAGCUCAGACAGCAGCAAGAACGAGGUUCAGGGUGUUGUUUUGGACCGGGCUGGAGAUGUGGUUCAUCGUUUUGGAGGCCUUUGGCAUGAAGGCAUCUUCUGUGACACCCUGCCCACACCAAAGUGCAUCUGGAAGCCUAACGUGCAGCCUGAUGACCAGUUUGACUUCUACGGCUUCUCACGUUAUGCCAGAGAACUAAACGAACUGACACCUGACCUUGAGGCAGUCCUCCCGCCUACAGACACCCGCUACAGACCAGACCAGAGGCUCCUGGAGGAGGGCAAGGUAGCAGAGGCAGAUAAAAAGAAAGAUGAGGUGGAGGAGAAGCAGAGAGAGAGGAGGAAGGAGAUGGCCAAAAGAGGGGAGGAGCACGUCCCCAGGUUCUUCAGGAAAGCUCUGGAUGAGGCCGGAAGAGAGGUGUGGCUGACCAAUGAUACCUACUGGAAUCUCCGCAAAGAUCCAGGCUUCUCCAAGACUGAAAAUCUGGAACUGUGGUAGAACACAGCACUGAGCUUAAACGCUGAGGCUAAAUUAGCCAGGUGCUAAACAGAUGACGGAGAGCAACAGUAUGCCCCUCUAGUAGUAGAACUGAUUAACUGUACCUAUGUUAGACCUAAAAUGUAUACAUGAAUGUAACACAGAUCCAGAGGUCUGCUGCUAACCAUCACUGCAAGCAUGUAGAGGAGAAUGGCAUUCGGGAGCAUAAAUGAACCUCUCAGUGAGUGUUUUUGUGCCAUGAAGAGGUGACGUGCCACUAUGGAACAAAUGAAGACUGAUUUAGACGAAGCCGGAUGUCUUUCCAGCCUUUCGCCUACCUCUUACCAUGUUAGAGACCUUGAAUAUCAUCACUCGUGAUUCAAAACCAGAUCUUAACAUGAAAUUCAAAUUUUUUUUUGCUGCCCUGGAGAAAAUAUGUUUAAAAAUCAAGUUUUUCUGUUGGGAUUGAGGCCUCUCUCUCUCUCUCUCUCCAUGUAAAGUGUCUUAUAUCUUAUCUGUGGGACAAUUAUGUUAUACUCUUGUUAUUUUUAACAUGUGUGUAUAAAUAUUUUUAGUCAAGCUCAUUUUUAUGAGAUUGUGAUGAGUUCAGAAACAAAUGUUUUGAGAAUCCUGAUGGGAGGAACCAGCACACAUGCAGGGCCAAGUCUGGUGCUUGUGGGGGUGUAUUACAGGUGAACUGGUGCUGUCCUGCUUUCUUUCUCAGUGGGUCUUACUGUAUAAACUUGUGUUGGUUUGUAAAAUCGGUGUGUAUUUUCUGAUAUUUAAUCGUGACACAUUGGUGACGCAUUGUUUUUCUGAAGUGUCCUUACGCUGGUUAAAUCUUGCGGUCCUGUUGGCUUUGCUGCCUUCUCUCUCUCAACUGUAUGAAUUGUUAAUGUCCAGUAUGAGCUGACAGACGAGGAUUGCGUCUCGGACCUUUUUUAUGCUCUCAGUUGAUGCAAUGAAGUAUUUUUAUUGAUGUUUCAACAAUGGAUUUUAAUAAGGAAAAGAGACUACUGUUAAAACCCAGUGAAAUGUUUUUUUCUUAAUGGUUUUGUUUCAAAUAAAAAGUUCCAUAAUCAA